AUGAUUAUAACUUUGGUUUGUUGAAAUAAUGGUUCUAUUUCAAAUGUGUGCGCUGAAAAACCUUAUCCUGCCGAGUCCUUACUGUCGGGGUUGGGGAGUUCUACAAGCGAGUAAAAGUUAUAUCACUGAGUUCGCAUUUUUUCUCCUCCUUGGGCAUCGAUGCACUGGAUACAGUACCAUAUCAGGGAUCCCUGGUGUGAGAGAACGUACUCUUAUUGCAGUGAAACCAGAUGGGGUCCAGCGCCGCCUUGUGGGACAGAUAAUGCAACGCUUUGAGCAGAGAGGCUUCAAACUGGUGGGCAUGAAGAUGCUGCAGGCAUCAGAGGAGCUGCUCUCUCAGCACUACCAGGAGUUAAGGAGGAAGCCCUUUUACCCCAGUCUCCUGUACUACAUGACCUCUGGUCCCAUAGUUGUUAUGGUGUGGGAGGGUCAUAAUGUGGUCCGGACAUCCCGGAUCAUGGUAGGAGACACCAACCCAUCUGAGGCCCAAGCAGGCACUGUCCGGGGGGAUUUCAGCAUUCACAUCAGCAGAAAUGUGGUCCAUGCCAGUGAUUCAGUAGAGGGGGCUCAGAGGGAGAUCCAGCUGUGGUUUCAUCGAAAGGAACUGAUGGAUUGGGACUGCUAUGACCACAAUAGCACCUACCAGCUUUAAGAACGAGAUGGAAGGCAGAGAUUGAAAGAGAGCGUGAACAAGACCCGGAGCCUGCCCGCCGUCCUGUACCUUGUCCCACCACACUGGAUUACUGAUCUCUGCCUGCCCUUGACCUGUCGUUUUGCCUGCCCUCUGUUCUAGUAAUAAACUUUUGUUACUUCGA